AAAAAAAGAAUUUCCACGUACAUGUACUUACCUUUCCCAUCAAUUCUAAUUACUAUCUUCAUCAUUAUCACUGUGAAAGCAGAUGUCGAAAUAAUAGCUGAAAAAAAUGAUUCCUGUGGGAAUGAGUUAAAUCAAAGUUCGGUAGCGAUAAAUUCUUCACUGUGCGACAUUAUUAGGACAUUAGAUGGUCAUGAAUGGUCACAAGCAGAAGAAAAUGUGACAUCACUGUCCAGUGUAAUCAAUGGUCAUGUGGUUGAGCAAAAAGUGACUUCAACAGAAUCAACUAAAACCCAUAUCAAUGAUAAUUUUGAAGAUUUAAGAGGACGGAUAUCAGUGGAAACACUGGAUCUUAUCAAAAGACUUCAUAUGCUAUAUCUUAAUACGGAAAAUUCUAAUAAGCAAUCGACAUCCUUAUCUUCCGGCGAAAAUAAAUCAAGAAAGGAAGAAAUUAUCCAUGUUUCAGGCAAGCUAGAAAUAUUAUAA